GCAACCCGCAGCAAUCGACCCCGCACCGCUAACCACAAUGAAUGAGCCGUCUCACUGAUGUGAUUAAUGAUGAGGUUCGGCAUGAGGUAAGACCGGGUCUGUUCCUCUAACACUGAAUGCCUGAAGCAUGGCGCAGUAUCCCUUUGGAGGGGGGAUGGACGUCUGGGUGAUCUCUGCAGACGAACGAACCAAACAUGACCAGCAGUUUCUCAGUCUGUCUCCCACCCCGUCCGGCCACAUUACCGGUGACCAGGGUAGGAACUUCUUCCUCCAGUCGGGGCUGCCACCUGCUGUGUUGGCGCAGAUAUGGGCUCUGGCAGACAUAAGCAGUGAUGGGCGCAUGGACAGGCAUGAGUUCUCCAUCGCCAUGAAGCUGAUCCGGAUGAAGCUGCAGGGGUUCCCCCUGCCCCCCUCACUGCCCCCCUCCCUCAGGCAGCCGCCCCUGCCCCUGCCCCUGCCCCGCCAGCCACACCCGCCCUGCGGCGUAUCUCCAAUCUCUUUCUCUCGUCUGGGAGUGUCUCCACCCCUCAUCCCCUCUCCCCCGCCCCCUCUGCCUCCGAUGUCCAAUGGCACGCCUCCUCUCAUCCAGCCAAUCACAAGCCUCGCCCACACAGCUGGUAAAAAGGCCUCUCCACUGGGUCGGGCCAGUAUUAAAGGAGACAUGGCGCCAUCUACUGACCCGCCCAGUUGCCCGGCGACACCCCCUACUGAUUGGGCAGUGCCGCAGUCAUCCCGUUUGAAAUACCGGCAGCUCUUCAACAGCCACGACAAGAUGAUGUGCGGUCACCUGACGGGCGCCCAGGCCCGCACCAUCCUCAUGCAGUCCAGCCUGCACCAGACACAGCUGGCCACCAUCUGGGAUCUCUGUGACGUGGACCAUGAUGGCCGUCUGACGGGGGAGGAGUUUAUCUUGGCCAUGCACCUGAUUGACAUGGCCAUGACAGGCCAGCCCCUCCCACACAUCCUGCCCCCAGAGCUCAUCCCGCCCACAUUCCGGAAGAGGGGGUCAGUGGGAGGAGUGUGUGUGUCGGCUCACAGCAGCCCAGAGAGGCGUGGCUCAGAGGACACUCACCAGGAGGACCAACAGGGCGCCGACAAGAAGCUGCCAGUGACCCUGGAGGAUAAGAAGCGUGAGAACUUUGAGCGGGGGAACGCAGAGCUGGAGAAGCGCCGGCAGGCCUUGGAGGAGCUACAGCGGAAGGAGCGCGAGGAGCGCGAGGAGGAGGAGCGCAGGGAGGAGGAGCGCAGGGAGAGGGAGGCCCAGGAGCAGGAGCGACGCAAGCGCCAGGAGGAGGAGAAACUACGCGAGGAGGAGCGCCGCAAGGAGGAGGAGAGGCGCAAGGAGAUCGAACAGAAGGAGGCGGCUCAGAGGGAGCAAGCGCGUCAGCGGGAGUUGGAGUGGGAGCGUGUCCGGCGGGAGGAGCUGCUGGCCAUGCGGCGCCGAGAACAGCAGAGUCUCAACGAGCUCCGCGGGCGACGCAACACACUCCGCAGCCAGCUGCAGGCCCUGGGUGAGAAGAAACAGCUGCUGGAGGGAAAGCUGAAAGAUGUUCGUUUCCGCAUGUCUGCUCUGAAACUGGAGACAGACACCACCAACCAGACCCGCGAACAACGCAUCAAUGAGAUCAUAGAACUCCAGAAACAACUACAGGGAUGUCAGCAGUGGUUAGGCAGUAUGAUCCCUGACAAGCAGCACCUGAAUGAGCAGCUCAAGCACACACAACUCAACAGCCUGCACAGUUGCCCAGACAACACCCUGGUGAUGCUGAGGAAAGCGGUGGAGUUGAAGCUGUCGUCACGGCAACAGUUGGUAGACCAACUCGAGUUGGUGGAGAAGGAAACACGCUCCAAACUGCAAGAGAUAGAAGCCUUCAAUACUCAGCUAAAGGAGUUGCGUGAGAUUCACUGCAGGCAGCAGAAGAAGCGAGAGCUGUCAGCAGACACCACAGCGCCCCCUCUGGCCUGGAUGAACAGCGUGGGAGAGGAGAAGGAAGAGAGAGACAAGAGUGACCAACACAACCAGCACUUUCCCAAACCGCCUGAUAUCAGCACAACACAGUCUCCCUCUGGUGCCCAUAAGGUGCGGGUUGUCUUCUUUAGAGCUUUAUACCCCUUCAGCGCCCGCAGUCAGGACGAGAUCACCAUCCAACCUGGAGACAUCAUCAUGGUCAGAGCUGAGUCGGUGGAUGAGAGCCAGGCUGGGUCUCUAGGUUGGCUCGGUGGGGAGCUGAAGGGCCGGACUGGCUGGUUUCCCGCCAACUACACAGAGAGGAUCCCAGAUUGUGACGUUCCACCAGAGCUCAGGCCUGGCACUCCCUCCUCCUCGUCCUCCUCGUCCUCCUCUUCCUCCUCCUCCUCGAAGCCAAACAACGCUGGCCAGUCCGCAGAGGCCAAGCCUGCACCGCCUUCCGUUUCCAUGGCAACCUUCCCUGUGUCCGAGCCCGGUCCGUCCUUGGUCUCCUCCACUGGUUGGGCAGAUUUCAGCUCUGCAUGGCAGUCCACUGAUCAAGGUGAUGGUCCAGCCGAUGGCUCAGACCCGUGGCCAUCACAGGCUUCUCUGUCAGUGACCAGCAGGGGGCGCCCUCUCCACCAGAGAUCAGCCUUCACCAGAGCCACUCUCAACACCGCCAACCCCUCACCCAUACUGGGACAGGGCCAGCGUGCGGAGGGUGUGUGUGUGGAGGCGAUGUACGGCUGGCGGGGGAAGCAGGGCAACCAUCUGAGCUUCAGUAAGGGCGCCCACAUCCGCCUGUUGGAGCUGCAGGACCUCUGGUGCUUCGGAGAGUACCAAGGCCGCCGAGGCUGGUUCCCCAAGUCCUACGUCAAACUCAUCCCAACCAGCUCUGAAUCAGCUGGGCCUGAUCCAGCAUCUCCAAGCUCAGCUAGACGCACUGAGGCAGGGGAAGAAUUCAUAGCGAUGUUCACCUAUGAGAGCAGUGAGCCCGGCGACCUGACCUUUCAGAAGGGUGACGUCAUCACUGUCGUGAAGAGAGAAGGCGAUUGGUGGACCGGAAGUGUCAAGGACCGAACAGGAGUCUUUCCGUCCAAUUACGUGAGAGCCAAAGAUGCCAAGGGUCUGUGUCCCUCAGGGAAUGCAGCUGUUCUUGGAUGCAAACCCGAGAUGGCUCAGGUCAUUGCUCCGUACUCUGCUACUGGGGUGGAGCAGCUCUCUCUGUUGCCAGGACAGUUUGUCUGCAUCAGGAAGAAGAACCCAGAGGGCUGGUGGGAGGGGGAACUGCAGACCCAGGGCAAGAAGCGGCGGAUUGGCUGGUUUCCAGCCAAUUACGUGAAGCUUGUGAGUCCCCACAGUGGGGUGACCACUCCCACUGGAAGCAUCUCUCCCAAACCACAUAUACCCAAGCAAGUGUCUGUGUGCCAGGUGGUGGCGCUGUUUGACUACACUGCACAGAAUGACGAUGAGCUGCCGUUUGGGAAGGGUCAGGUGAUCAACGUCCUGAGCAGGGAGGAUCCUGAUUGGUGGAAAGGGGAGCUGAACGGCUCUGUGGGUCUGUUUCCUGCCAAUUAUGUCAAACUGACCACUGACACCGACCAGCAAAGAGGACAACAUCUCCCAUAAUCCUUGUUAACAUUGUAACUCCCCUACUGUGCUUCCCUGCCCAAUGGUUUGAUGGGAGUUGUAGUUUCUGCUGAACAGGAACUCUUCUGAGGCCGAACCGAUCCGCUGCUCCUCUGCUUGAACAGUAGUCUGUGACGCGAGUCAAAGAUAUGCAAUGGAUUUAUUUAUUUUGGAAUGGAUUUAUUUAUUUAUUUUCCAUGUUGUAUUUAUUACCCCUCUCUGCCAGUUUCUAAAAAGUAUUUAUUUAUUGAUUGUUUAUUUUGAUGCAAUAAUAUGUAUUUUAGUAUUUUGAAUACCUGUUGAAUUGUAAAAAAAUAUAUAUAUAUGUUGUGUUGAUCACAGGCACAUACACACAUCUACACUCACAGAUGCAAUAUUCACAGCAGACACAUUCAAUGACGCAGACAAGUGCAUGCAAGCGCACACACACACAUACAGUAAUCAGAAGCUCCCACACAAAACACCCUUGUCCAUUAUUGCAAAGUGUGUGUAUAUGUGUGUAUGUGUACAUGUAUAUGUCUUUGUAUUUUUUGGAAGAUUUUCUUUUUCUUUUUCAAUUUUUGUUUUGUUUUGUAUCCAUGUGCCCAUGUUUGCUAAUGAGCAACCCUGUUGGAUCAUUGGGUGAAAUCGUAGCAGGUAGCACACACUGAACGACGACGAUGACGACGACCAAUCAAACCUCUCUCAUGCUGUUCUUUGAAAACGAGUCCAGCCAAUCAGCAGCACACGUGCUCAUCAACCUUCUGAAGUCUGCACGACAUCAUAAAGGUCGCUAGGAUACGUUCGCCACCCUCUGAAGAAUGCCGAGGCCUAUGUCAUAAUUCCGUCCUGGUGAUUGAUGUGAGCUAAAGCACAGCAGUGACUCAGACUGCGGUGGGCGUCAGUCCUGGGGGAAGGAGGACAGGGAAUAAAAGUGGUGCUGUUGUGAAAGCCC